AUGGAUGUUAAGAACGCUUUUCUCAAUAGUGAUCUCAAUGAGGAAGUUCAUAUGAAACCUCCUCCUGGUUCCUCAGUUCUGUCCACCAAAGUUUGCAAACUUCACUGUGCUUUGUAUGUUGGCAGUCUUGUCUAUUCCACGGUUACUUGUCCAGACAUUGCUUAUGUUGUUCACAUUGUCGGUCAGUUCAUGGCUACUCUUCUCUCUCCACACUAUGAUACCUUGGUUUGCAUUUUGCGCUAUCUCAAAGGCACUAUGUUUCAUGGUCUUCACUACUCAGCACACUUUUCUUUACAGCUACACGCCUUUUACGAUGCAUAUUGGGCAGGGGAUCCCACAGACCGCCGUUCUACUACAGGGUUCUGCUUCUUCUUAGGUAACUCUCUCAUUGCCUGGUGUAGCAAGAAGCAAACUGGUAUUGCUCGUUCUAGUACUGAGGCUGAUUAUCGUGCUCUUGCUGACACUAUAUAA